AUUCUCAGAAGCACUGUGAGCGGUUGAACUGAUCGAAGAUACCGGCUUGGAAAUGGAUUUUUGGAAGAACGCAAAGUCCAUCUACGAAUUCGAGGCCCUCGACAUCGAAGGGAACAAUGUCUCCCUGGAUAAAUACAGGGGGAAAGUCUGUAUUAUCGUCAACGUGGCAUCUAGAUGAGGAGUGACCGACCGCAACUACCGAGAACUAGUUGCAUUACAUGAGAAGCAUGGAGAGCAAAAUGGACUGAGAAUUCUUGCGUUCCCAUCGAAUCAAUUCGGUAACCAGGAAGCACGAGGCAACGAUGAAAUCCAGAAGUUCGCCCAAGGGAAAUACGGUGUGACGUUCGACUUGUUUGCGAAGAUCAAUGUGAACGGCAACGACGCUCAUCCGUUAUGGAAAUAUCUUAAAGAAAAACAAUCUGGCUUCAUGAUCAACGCCAUCAAGUGGAAUUUCACUAAAUUCAUCAUCGAUAAAAAUGGUCAACCAGUAAAGAGAUACGGAACGACAACUCAUCCUCUGGUAAACGCGGAAGCUCGAUACGCAGAUAUUUUCAAAAGCCUGCCUAGUCUAGGCGCUUCCUCAUUCAUAUCAUCGAAUUCGUGGCUCUUCGAAUUCCCAGGCGAUGGAGGACGAUUUAAUGAAAUACUUCGCCGAAACUCCGACCGGAAGCGCUUAAGGUCGCAGCAGGAUUUCGACGAUGAAUGCUCUGUCGCAUUCUGGAAACAUGCUGCUAGAAGGACCAUCCGGAUUAGCAGAUCUUCGCACCUCCACAGAGAUCCCGUGGUGUUGAAGACGAUAAUGAUUUCAACAUGUCGAAGAACUUCCCUUCGAUGACGCUAUCAGGACUCAUAGCCUUGAUCAAGCUUCAGUUGACUCUUGUGAAAUGAAGAGGUAUCUAUAAACCAGGAAUGGUGAGAUUUCUCCGAUGAGCAAUCAGGGUCAAUAAAUCUUGUCAUG